AAUAAAAAGUUUGAAAAAAUGCCUUUGUUCAAAAAAAAUAAGAGUUUGAAAUAAAAAACUAAAAUAUUGCCCUAAGCACAUGUUUUUGUGUGCUGCUCACACUGGCCAUCAAUUCGGUAUAUCGUUAAAUUUUGCUGCACUAAGCCAUUUGAUUAGCUAUAUAGCAACCAAACAUGAUUUCAAACUUAUUCCCAAGACUAUUUCGACACCGAAUAUGAGCAUGUUGGCAUGCACAUGGCAUAUUAUUAUUAUAUAUAAGUUGAUGAUGAUUACGACGAAACCACCACUUGUACGAUUUUCAACCUUGAUGUCCAUAUUCAUUCCUCUGUUCAAAUCAUGGCCAAUGAUCACCAUUCCGUUGAUAUAUUUUCAGUCAUACGGCGGCUGUACGAAUAUAAUGCAUUAAAAUUUGGCCAAUUCAAAUUAAAAUCUGGUAUCGAAUCGCCCGUCUACAUUGAUCUUCGAACUAUCAUUUCGCAGCCGGAUUUGAUGAUCGAUCUUUGUCAUCAAUAUGUUCCUUUGAUGAAACAAUGUCGUUUCGACCUGAUCUGUGGCGUUCCCUAUACGGCAUUGACAAUGGCUACAUAUCUGUCAACCAAAUUCCGUCAUCCAAUGGUCAUGCGACGUAAGGAAACGAAACAACAUGGAACCAAACAAAUAUUGGAAGGCGUUUAUCAACGAGGCAAUCGCGUUCUUAUUAUCGAAGAUCUUAUCUCUUCGGGUUCGUCCAUUUUAGAAACAGCAUUAACCUUACGUCAAGCCGGACUGAUUGUAACGGAUGCAAUCGUUUUUAUCGACCGUGAACAGGGCGGAAUUCGAAACCUUCAACAUUCAGACAUUGAUAUCAAAGUGCAUAGUUGCAUUCAUUUUAGUGAAAUGAUCACCUAUCUGAAAGAUGAAGGUCAUAUAACAGGUGAGAAAUCCAGUGAGGUUCUUGAGUGGAUCCAAUCAAAUUAUUGUGCCAUACCUGCUACGUUGCAUAAUCAGCUUGCAUUAACCACUUGUUCGUCAUCGUGGAAAAGCUAUGAAGAUCGAGCCCGGUUAUGCCAGAAUCCUCUUGGCAAACGUCUGUUUGAAUUGAUGGCGAUGAAACGUAGCAAUCUUUGCGUAUCAGCCGAUCUAACCGAUUGCCAUUCGAUACUCAAAUUGGCCGAACUAGCUGGUCCACAUAUCGUGAUGCUCAAAACUCAUGUGGAUAUAAUCGAUGAUUUCAGCAUGGAUUUUGCUCGCAGAUUGCGAGAUUUGGCUAAAAAUCAUAAUUUCAUAUUGUUCGAAGAUCGUAAAUUCGCCGACAUUGGUUCAACCGUCCAGAAACAAUAUGCUGGAGGCUUAUUUCGGUUAUCUGAAUGGACCGAUCUAAUCAAUGCUCAUCUGUUGCCUGGACCGGGUCUUAUUGAAGCUCUACGUCAAGAAUUUAUGGCCCGAUCAUUUAAAGAUAGUCAACAACGCGGUUGCCUCUUGAUUUCUCACCUUAGUUCUCAAGGAAAUUUAGUACCGGUUGAUUAUGCUCAAGAAGCUUACAAGAUGGCCAUUAAAAAUCCUGAUUUCAUUGUCGGUUUUAUUAGCCAGACUAAAGUGUGUGCUGACCCUGCAUUCAUCCAUAUGACGCCUGGUGUAAGAAUCGGAAACGAGAAAAAUGACAAGCUCGGUCAACAGUAUACAACUCCCGAAGAUGCUAUCCAGAAUAAGGGAGCUGAUUUAAUCAUCGUCGGCCGCGGUAUAAUAUCGAAAUUGGAUUCUUCCUGUGAAGAAUUCGAAACAAACGUUAUCUUAUAUAAACAGCGCGGUUACAAUGCAUAUAUUAAUCUUUGUCAAUGAUAAAUAAUAAAAAUAAAUGUGUUUAUUAUUA